AUGAGAGCAGCAUGGGCAGCAUUCGCAGCCGUCAGGGAAGCUACGGACCAACUGACGGACCAAGAUCUUCGUGCCCAUCUGUUCGACUCGACAGUCCUUCCAGCGCUCUGUUACGCAGCGGAGACGUGGGCAGACACCGUGACCACGUCUAAGAAGCUACUUACCACCCACAGAGCCCUUGAGAGAUGUCUCCUAAAGAUUAACCAGCGCAAACAACACCUUGCCGGUCUUCGUAGCUCCGACUUAAAAGGAAUGUCUCGUCUUCGCGACCCAGCGGAAUAUGUAUCGAAAGCAAAACAUAGAUGGGUCGGUCUUGAGAAGAAUCGACGAUAG